UAGAGGGCGUUCUUUUUUGGCCCGUAUGCGGUAUUUUUUAUUUUAGUUGUAUCAGUUUAUAUAUAUAAUAUAGAUCUGUCAAACUAAGGUUUUUCUAACCUAUGUGAUUUACAUAUUGCUAGGGUAAAUUUACCUUUAUGUCGAUUUACCUCUUUGAUAACAAAUGAGUGGGACGAUUUGUUCAGACUCUUUAUUUGCACACUUAAUUCAAGUUCAGCACCGAGCGCAAACAUUACAUUUUGAUCUGUAUUUUGACCAAAAUGUCCACCCGUCUACCAUCUAACGACGAUCUUAGUGUAGCCUCCAUCAACAGGCUGAAGUUAGCAGCAGCUACCGCCAUCAUUCGCUGCAAGCCAGCAGAAAUGACUGCUAAGGAGUUUGCACAGAGCCUGGGACAAACUUUAAGGAAAAAGCAGGCAGACUGGAAAGAUCGUGCCGAGAAGCUUGAGGCAGAGUUACUAAGGACAAGACAGGAGCUAACUGUAGCUCAUCUGCGAGUGAUGAGCUCAGACCAUGAGCAAGAGGAAUAUCUUGAAUGGGAUGUUGAAGAGUUAGACUCCAUGCAAGGCAACCCCAGGACAGAACCAUCUGCUGUUGGCCCUGAACUAACCUACCCGACACCCCCUUCAUCCAUUCCGAUGGAGCACCCACCUUGCAGCAACCUUGAGAAUUUGCUUCAAUCAAACACUCAGUUUCUGCACAGUAUGAUGAGAAUCAGAUCACUGUCUGAUACGAUGGAGCAUGCUGGAUCCCUACCCGUGGAUACACAGCACAUAAUAAAGGACUCUUCUCUAAGAGCCAUGGAGUGCCUCAUCCAUUAUAUAUCUAGACAUUUGCGUGAUGCAAGUUUACCGUGGAAACUGAUGAAUGAUGCGGUGAGUGGUGUUGCAAGGGUGCUGGAGUGUUGCACAGUGGAGAGGAUCCAUCAGGAGAUUGUCAGAGGAACUCUGGGACUUGCCGAAGAGUUACUUCAGUUGGUGUUACAAAACCAACAUCUUGAUGAUCAUCUCACUCAGCGUCAACUCUGCUGCCUCCUUGUGUCUUUGGCAACUCCAGCAAACCUUGCGCCCCUUAUCCUCCAAAGAGUUCUUAAUCACAUCCAAGCUGUUGCUUCUAUGCUCCGUCAGUCACUCAGGAGCACCGGUUUUAAUCCCACCCUGUAUGAGAAUAGUUUCUACCUACUCGCAAUAAUGGACGAUAUUCUGCUGUCUUUAAGGACUGUACCAUCUGUGCACAACAGAGGAGACAAGAUGCAGAGGGCAUCGUCAGAAAUGAUGGACAUACUAGAAGGGUGUUUGUUGCAUAUUUCUGAUGAUUUCCCUCUGUUCUGUCAACAGAUAUGGCGGAUAGUUAGUAUUCUUGAGUGGAUUAGACCAAGCAAGAUUGAAGGAUAGGUUUUCAACACAAAGACUUCAAAGUCCUACAUGUACUUGGCCUUAGUCCUGAUCUAAUAUGAUGGUACAUGUAUAUGACAGUAAUGAAGUAGUGCUUGGAAGUUGUAAUAGUUGAAGAAUUUAGGGAUUAUCUCUAUCAAAUACAGAUGAAUAUUUGGUAAGGCUGAGUUGGGUCAGGUAGAGUUGGGUUGGGCUGGUUUGGUUUUUGCGUCUUUUAGGAACACUUAGGUGACACUGAAUUUCAAUCAGUUUAUGGCUAAUUUCAUGGAACUUAUAAGGUGCAUUUGAAUGCUGAGCUAAGGCAGGUUAUGCCCAAAUGUAUAGCCCUGUGUGUUGCCUGUGGUUGGUUUGCGAUCGAAUUUGUUAACAUAUUAAAAGCAAGCUUUCUACUGUUCAGCCCGAUGAAAUCGGGACUUGAUGAUCUUAUUUCACCUUGCAUAUGUUUGCAAGUUCACUCUGUAUACAUUGAAAGCGACACUUUAGUCCUAUUGUGACGAUUGUCAAGCAUAUUUGCAGUAAACAAAGGGAGCCUAAGCCUGCAUUACCUGGCUUAUACAGAAAAAUAAAUGGAGGUCAAAGACGAACAUUUGUCAAUUCUCAGAGCCAAAUUCAUGUAAAGCCAAUGAUUCUAGUAAAUUCGUUUGUAUCAGAUUUCUUUGUACCAUAUGACGGUUAUUCCUACAUUUCCUGUGACGGUACAAGAAAAACGUCUCUCGAAGUAGACAGUUUAUCAUUUCAUUUGUCCAGUCAUUGUAAAAAAAGGCCAAAGUUGAGAUGGCAUUCAAUUUAAAAGCAACUUUCCAAACGUGUGUAUUGUGUCAGUAAUUUUAUAUUGCCGCUUUAAUAUAAUGGAAAUAAAUCAUCUAAUUAUGAAAUGUAUACCUAAUUGUUCCUUGGAUUCGUAGAAAUCUCCACGAGUAAACGAAACCUACUGAGGUAAGUUUUCCGCCUUCACAAAAUAGUCUUCAACUCGCCAUAGCUCGCCUUAGCCCAAUAAAUUCCGAGCAACUGUUGAACUCCGAGCCUGACUGAUAUUCCUUUUUAUGAGAAUAAGUCAUUUGCAAACAAGCAGUGCACAGCAAACCACGAAUCAAAAUAUUCAUUCCGUCAAUCGCAUUUUGGACCGCAAGUUUGAAAAAAAAUCGUUGUACAUGUAUAUCUUGGAAAUAUGAAAGGGCUGCGGAGCACUGUGAUCAAAAUAUUGACCAAAAUGCAUACGGUCAGUGCUCUUAAUUUAUCUUUUUGCCGCGCUUUCGGUAACUGGGUACCU